AUGAGCCAGCUGAUCGUCGUUUCUGCUAUUCUGCUCUUUAUAACGGUAGCCCUCGUGUUCCAGUUGCUGCCCAUCGUUGCAGUGCCUAUCUCCAAAGAGCUCGCACUCGCGACUUUUUAUAACUCCACUUAUGGCGUAUUCGGAUGGUGCUACAUCACUGCUAAUGACACUGUGUGUACUCCGAAACGCAUCGGCUAUGUCGACCUCAGUGUUGAUUUGUCUGGACAAAGGAGAGUGCUCCCAGCGUUCAUGGAUUAUUCAGUUACAAGACUACUCGUUGUGCACCCGCUCUCGUUCGCGAUCACCUCACUGCUAUGGAUUAUGGUACUUCUGAUUCUGAUCACAUCCCUAGGUGACUCACCCAGAUACCUAUUCGUAGUAGCAUUGUUCUCUUUACCUACAUUCCUCUUCAGCCUAUUGUGCUUCCUCGUUGAUAUUCUAAUCUUUAUCUCACACUUGGCAUGGCCCGGUUGGCUAAUGUUGGGUGCUACACUAUGUGUCGCCACCUGUUGCUCGCUUCUAUGGAAUUUAAGACGGUCAGUGUCUAUUAAGAAAUACGAGGCCUUGCACUCAGAGGAAAGAGUCGAGGUGCCAACCUACUCAAUGGUUCAUUACACUUCCAAUGGCUGA